GGUAAAAAAAGCAUCAUUUUAUUCGAGUAAGCAGGCAGAACCCAUUCACCUCAGCAUAUAUCUUCAUAUAAAUUCAGACCUCAACCUAACCCUCUGUUACUUGUCUCUACUCACUACUCAUUUUUUUCUUCUAAGAAAAACCCUCUCCCCUUUCAACAUGUCCGGUUAUCCAAAUCAGCCACCCAAUUACGGUUACGGCUACAACGCACCACCGUCAACCCAAUCCUACGGCGCGCCGCCUCCAUCUCAGUCCUACGGCGCACCUCCUCCAUCUCAAUCCUACGGGGCACCACCUCCAUCUCAGUCCUACGGCGCACCACCUCCAUCUCAAUCCUACGGCGCACCACCUCCAUCUCAGUACGGCGCUCCUCCACCCGGUCAGUCGUACUCCGCCACCCCCUACGGACAGCCGUCGGCUCCCUACGCCGCUCCUCAUCAGAAACCCCCAAAAGAAGAAUCACACUCCAGCGGCGGCGGUGCAUACCCACCGCCGGCACACGGGAGCCCGUUUGCGUCACUGCUGCCAUCAACAUUUCCUCCUGGCACCGAUCCCAGCAUCGUCGCGUGCUUCCAGGUGGCUGAUCAGGAUGGAAGCGGUUUGAUCGAUGACAAGGAAUUACAGAGGGCUUUGUCUUCUUACAAUCAGAGCUUCAGCUUGAGAACUGUGCAUCUCCUCAUGUACCACUUCACCAACACCAGUGUCAAAAAGAUAGGACCCAAGGAGUUCACUUCUCUGUUUUACAGUCUUCAGAGCUGGAGGGGAAUAUUUGAGAGAUUUGAUAAGGACAGGAGUGGCAAAAUCGAUUCAAAUGAGCUGCGAGAUGCACUGUUAAGUUUGGGUUAUGCUGUUUCUCCUACGGUAUUGGACUUGCUUGUCUCCAAGUUUGACAAAACUGGCGGCAAAAACAAGGCUGUUGAAUAUGACAAUUUCAUUGAGUGCUGUCUCACUGUGAAGGGACUAACUGACAAAUUCAAGGAGAAGGAUACUGGGUAUACUGGCUCUGCAACAUUUUCAUAUGAGGCGUUUAUGCUGACUGUCCUGCCAUUCCUGGUGGCAUAGGAUAGUGCUGGUGUAUGUCAGUAGACUAUGUAAAUUUACUCUCCUGCUAUUCCUGUUGGCAAUUGAGUUUACUUUGGACAGCCCUGCCGUUUAAUUUUAUUAUGCUUUUCAUUAGUCUUUUUCUAUAAACAAAUCCUAAAAUACUUUGUUUUCAGCUUGUCGAUAACUUCCUUCUAGUACUCUAUGUGAAUGAAGUCAUGAAAUUAAGUUUGGUA